AUGGAAUCUGAGCCCACCACAACCUCGUCACUACGAGAGACGACGCCGCGACGGAAAUCGCGUAAAGUCCGCAGUGGAUGUCGUGUGUGCAAGAGACGCAAGAUCAAGAAACCUUCAUGUCGCAAUUGCAUCAAGCAUUCGGCUACGGCUGCUUGUGCUGCUGCUGCUGCUCCCACUGCUGCUGGCGCCGUGGCUCGCCCAGAUGUCAACCUAAACUCCAGCUCCUCACCCGCGAACGGGAGUCUAUCCCACGCGUCCCCUCUGAGUCUGGAUCCCAUCCAACUGCAACUAUUGCACAACUACAGCACCUCGACAUGCUAUACCCUGUCCAGCUACGUGCCUCUGCGCACAAUGUGGCGCAUCAGCGUGCCACAGCUGGGCUUCUCGACCAGCUUCGUGAUGCGCGCCAUCCUGGCCCUCUCGGCGCUGCACAUGGCACACAACACGCGCACCCCGUCCAGCGCCGAGCGUUAUCUCUCCAUUGCGCGUUGCGAGCACGACGCGGCCCUGCGCACGGCGACGGAGCUGCUGCGCAAUGUGACGGCGGCUAAUUGUGCUCCUCUCUUCAUCUUCUCCAUCAUAACCUUUUUCUACACCAUGGCAUCCCCCCGACCAGCGGCACACAUGCUGCUCCUUGACGGCAGCGGCGUACCCGACUGGCUGGUUCUGCUGCGUGGCCUGCGUCAUAUCUCCGAGGCCGCCGCCGACGAACUGCUCGCGGGACCUUUUGCUGCCGCCUUUGCUUUCGGGCGCAUGAGACUUGACCAGUGCCAAUCAUUGCGUUCAACGUUGCCGCCGUCGUCGGCUUGGUUUUCCACCGUCGCGUCCGUGCAGCUGGCUACGCUCCGGCAACUCGUAGCCGUCGCCGUCGCCGAGUCCCAGACCCUGCUGACUUUGUACUUGGACACCAUUGACACACUGGAGAUGUGCUUCGCCAAGGCACAAAAUCGGCUACCGACCAUGGACCUGCGCACACUUGAUGCCAACGAUUCCAGCACCACAUCGGACGCCAAGGAGACGACUCUAGUCCUUGCAUGGCCGUAUUUGGCCUCAAACGAAUACAUAGAGAUGCUAGGCCAACGUCAAGGAGUGGCAAUGGUGAUACUUGCUCAUUAUUGCGUACUACUCCAGUCACUGAAUGGCUGCUGGUGGAUGCAAGGGUGGCCCUCGUACCUAAUUGAGAAUAUUUGGCAAGCCCUCGAUGCGCAACAUAGACUAUGGAUCCAGUGGCCAAUGGAGGAAGUCGGUUGGCAUCCUGGUGACUUGUCAGCAACGAGAGAAACUCUAACAGAGACUUCAAUCUGA